ACAUUACAACUGUACUUUGUUCCACACUGACACUCCCACAGACCAGUCAGCACAGUCAGCAUGUGAGAACACUCUGACAAUAAGCCACUCCUUCAGACAAAACGAAAGUAACUGUUAGCCUGAGUGGGAGAAAAUGGCUUACAGUCAGGAGCUGUUCGACUGUUCCAUCUGUUUACAGUUACUGGAGGAUCCUGUGACGAUCGCCUGUGGACACAGUUACUGUAUAAUGUGCCUCAGUGCCUUCUGGGAUACAAAUAAUAACAAAGAGUGUUACAGCUGUCCAGAGUGCAGGCAGACUUUCUCCCCGAGGCCUGCUCUGAAGAGGAACACACUUCUGGCUGCCUUGUUGGAGGAAGACAAAAGGAGAAAGAGUCAAAAUGCUGCUGAUGAUGAUGAUGACGACACCUAUGCUGCGCCUGGUGAUGUGCAAUGUGACGCUUGCACAGGAAGAAAAAGAAAAGCUUCCAUGUUCUGUCUCGUGUGUUUGGCCUCUUACUGCGAGACUCAUCUGAAGCCUCACUUUGAGGUGCCACCAUUAAAAAAACACAGUCUGAUUCAAGCCUCUUCAAGGAUCAAAGAGAGCAUCUGUGUCCGUCAUGACAAACUUCUGGAGAUUUUCUGCCGCACUGAUCAGCAGUUCAUAUGCCUGCUGUGUGGGAUGGAGGAGCACCGAGGCCAUGACACGGUGACAGUGGCAGCAGAACAGUGUGCAAUACAGAGACAGCUGGAUUGCAACAAACAGGAAAUUGCAGACAGAGUGCUGGAUUCAGAGAGGAAAAUAGCAGAACUGAAGCAGGCUGCAGGUGCUAUAAGAGAUGCUGCAUAUGAGGCGUGUGACAACAUUGAGCGACUGUGUGGGGAGCACAUCAGAAUAUUUGUCCGCUCUGUGGAGAAGAAGUGCUCUGAGAUGAGAGAGAAAGUUGGAGAAGCAGAGAAAGCUGGACUGGACUGGACCAACAGUCGUCUCGGGAAACUGGAGCGUGAAGUGUUAGAGCUGACGAGGAGAGAGGAUCGUCUGGACCAGCUUUCACUGACAGAGGACCCCAUUCAGUUUCUGCAGGGUUUCCAGGCCCUGGGUGACCUCCCUGAGUCCACACACUCACAUGAACGACACGACAUCCUGACAGAGUUUGUCUCUGCACAGACAGAUAAACUGAAAAACAUGUGCCACAAAGAAAAGAAAGAAUUAUUCAGUCAUUCCGAAGAAAAUCUGGUGUUAAAAAUGCCAAGACUGCGUGAUAAUGCAACAUCAAGGAAAUACCAUCUGACCAAACAUAAGGACUCCACAGUGGAGGUGGAUCCCAACACUAUAGCUGCAUGUCUUUGCUUGUCAAACAGAAACAGAGAGAUGUCAUGGGGUGAGACUAGCCAGGCUCAUCCUGAUCACCCUGCCAGAUUCACCGUCUACCCUCAGGCUUUGUGCAAAAACAAGCUUACGUACAGCCACUACUGGGAGGUGGAGUGGGAUGGUGGCAUUGUUGAUUUAGCUGUGUCGUACAAAUGCAUUGAAAGAAAGGGUUCAGGGAAGGAUUGCUCUUUUGGUCACAAUAAGAUCUCCUGGAAAUUAACCUGCACUUCAUCUGGCUGCACGUUUUGGCACAAUAAUCUUCACAAAGGCCAGAUUCCUCCGGUUCUCUCCCGCAGAGUGGGCAUACACCUCGAAUACGAUGAAGGAACGCUGAGCUUCUACAGUGUUUCUGAUUCUGACACGCUGAAAGUGUUGCACCAAAUCAGGACCACCUUCACUGAACCUCUGUAUCCUGGGUUUUCUGUUGAUUUAGGCUCAACACUGAAAAUAUGUAACAUCUGAGCUACAGUUAAACAUGUGAGCUUCGGGAGUUUGUGAUUCAGGGAAAGAAAAAAGCACAAGAGUAGGAAUGAUAUAUUAACAUAUGCAAAGUUUUGUAUAGUUUUGUGUGUGUGAUUUAGAGACAUGUAUGUAUAGAUUGAUACAGUGAUUAUAAGGCAACAUACAGAUGAAAAUGCAUCUAAUAGCCUAUUAAUCCUUGAUGAUUGUAACUACUGUUGUGCUUAUUCUGUAUGUUAAUUAUCA